GCCAAGCCAAGCCAAGCCAGACUAAAAUACUAGUUCACGCUGGGCAGAGUCCGCCGCUGUGUUCGACCACGGACGGGGUUUCUGUCGGAACCCAGAGCUGUUUGAAUUCUUUGCGCCAGGUUUAACUUUAAGUUCUGCGGUAGCUUUAGCCACUAAUGGUGCAGAGUUAGCCGUUAGAGCUAAUUAGUGGCCUUGACUGUAGCUGAUGCGUUAAAGCAGCAGUCAGCAGCCGUUGUCUUUGGUGUGGCUUCCAGACUAGAAAUGGCGGAUGGCGGAGAUCUAAUGGACGGUGAUCUGGAAGAUGGGGAGAUCUCCGGGUCCAGCUCGGAUACCGAGAUGGGAACCGGAGCAGCGGCGCAAGGGGGACCCCAGGCUCUUCCAGCUUUCGGCGGCCAGUCCUUCCAGAACAGAGUCGCAGCGGAGCCCCCCGCCACCGCUUACCGCAGCACCAGUAGGACGGUGGAGUCCAGCGACAGCGACCUGGAUUCGUCGGACGAGGAGGCUGCCGUUUGGCGCCGGAAGCGCCAGAAAGUGUCCAACGCUCCCCAGCCGCCUGCCUGCACGGCCCGGCCGGGACCGACCCGCCUGGCCGCCCCCAGCGCGCCGGGAGGCCGCAAGGUGAACAACAUUUGGGGCUCCGUGGUCCAGGAGCAGUGCCAGGAUGCCAUAGCUGCAGAGCUUGGUAUAUUUGGCAUGGAAGGGGAAGUUAGCAUGUCCAGCAGAAAUGUGGAGACUUACAACUUUGUCCUGGCCCGUAAGAUAAUAGAGAAGGAUAGGGAGAUGGAGAGCCUGUCGAAGGAGGGAGGAGAAGUGAGCAUGCUGGACACCCAGCUGGAGGAGUACAUGAAGGGCCGGGGGUCACACGAAAGGGCGGGAGGGGAUGCAAAGAGGAAGAGGCCAGCUAAAGAGAGACUGGGCCCCAGAGCUGAGAUGGACAUCAAAGGCCGGUUCGAGAUCACAGAGGAUGACCCAGAGGAUAAAGUGGCAGACGAGAUAGCACACAGGCUGCAAGAGCCUAAAAAAGACCUGAUAGAGCGUGUGGUGCAAGUCGUCGGAAAGAAAAAAGCCAUAGAACUGCUCGGAGAGACUGCCACACUGGAGGAAAGCGGCGGCGUGUACACCAUGGACGGCAGCAGGCGACGGACACCUGGCGGAGUGUACCUCAACCUGCUGAAGAGCACACCCAGCAUCACCAAGGCCCAGAUCCGACAGAUAUUCUUGGAGGAACAACACAAAGAGUACAAGAGCAAGAAAGCUGCUCAGAAGAGGAGGCGGCACAUGGUGGCCAAGAAGAUGAAGCAGGCCAUCGGCACACUGAACUUACAGGAGCACGACGACGUCUCCAGGGAGACUUUCGCCAGUGACACCAAUGAGGCCCUGGAGUCGUUGGAGGAGGCUGCAGAAGAGGAGGGUCAGGAGGAAGCUGCUGUGGGGACUGAGGAGACAGCAGUGGUCUACAACUCUGCAGACCUGGAGGUCUUCUGAGGGCUGCCUGCUGUUUGAACUCUGAGAGGUCUGAAAAAGGAUGAUUUGGACUAAGUUAAAAUGAAACAUUGGAAGCACUGUAUAACUGUUGGUUACAGAAUCACACCCGAGUGUCCUUUUUUUUUUUUUUUUUACCUUAGCAAUAAAAGCGAAUCUUAAAAUAUUGUUUUUGUUCAGUACAGCGUGAAUUUACAGAUUCCUGCACAUGUAAACAGAGUUAGUUUGAUAUGUGAUGCAAAUGUUGUCCUAAAUCAAAUUCUAAAUGAUCAAAAAUGUAUCUGAGUUGCAGUUGUUGCAGCAUAUAUGUUGUUGAUUUUCAAAUAUAAUCUCUUUUCUAUAAUUUUCA